AUGAAGCUUUUUAACGUUUUUCUUUCAAGUGGUGUUUUUGGAGCUGUUGCUCCUCAAAAUGGUGCUCUCCGAGAAGAGGCUGUCAAAAUCCAACUUCUCGAAUGGCAACUUGGAAUCGCCAACUCAACCGGAAUUGCUGGAAACAUCCUGACCGAGCUUGGCGACUUGGAAGGACUGACCCAGAGAACCGUUGAUAUUUCACGAAUUCGAUUCAAGUUGCUAAUGGGAAUGCUCGUCUGGACGCAUCAAGCAAAUGGGAUCGUCUAUCAUACCUACCUGCCGCAUAUUUCAGGCCGACACAGCGCGCUAGGAUUUAUGAGCGAGUCCCAAGUCUCGACGGGAAUUGAGUUCAAACAUACAAUUACGUCAAAUACUGAAAAUGAAGCUUAUGCGGAGUACACCAUGGAACUUUAUCACGGUUAUGGAUGUCACUGUAUGCCUGAUCACUCACAUUACAUCUUCACCGGUGGAAAAGGUCGUCCAGCAGACCAUGUUGACCUCAACUGCGCCCUCCUCCGAACCUGCUACUCUUGCAUCGAAGAAUCUGACAUCAAGUGCGACACGCAUUCUCAAACGUAUUCUUACGCUCUCAACCGCCCCGCCGCCGGGAAGAACUGGUACGACCCAAUUACCUGCACCGACCGCGAAAACACCUGCGCUCGAAAAGUGUGCGAAUGCGACAAGCAAUUCGCCAUAAACGCUGCAGAUUUGUACGUCAAGAACAGCUGGAAUCACGAAAACUCCCAUCAUCAUUUCAACCAACACAAUCACUGUGAACCAAGAGGCGGUGGAAAAAUCUUUACCAAAUGUGAAAGAGCUCAUCGGCAAAGCCAUUUUAUCGACGAGGAGCUGAGCCGCUGCGAUCAUGACGACCCCAACUGCGGUUCUCACCAUGGGAACGGUCAUUUCAUGAGCGGAAGCAAUCAUCACUCAUCUGGGCAAAGUCAUCAUAUGGGAUCUGGACAUCAUCAUCGAAGCGAUCCAAACGCUUACAACCUCGACACAACAACCGAUCUAGUAACAACAACAUCUUCCACAACAACAACCACCACAACAACGACGACCACAACAACCACCACGACAACUACUCGCCGUCGAACUCAAGCAGGCCCAAUUAUCAUCGGCUCAGAUGGCAACGUUCAGUUCAAUUCAGACUGGCAGAUGAACUGGGCUUAA